AUGAAUCAUCAACUUCAAGUAUCAAAUGAAAAUGAAGAUAAAUCAUCAUCACAACAAGAAGAUGAUGAUGAUGAAAAUAAAGAUGAAUUUUUUCAUGAAAUCCUCCAAAGUGAUUACCAACAUUUGCAACAAUGGCCUAAUUAUUUCACUCCCCCUAGUGCAACUUUAGUCCCAAAACACCAAAACAACACACAAUGUCCAAGUCACAAAGAGGAAACCAAGAGAGUAUCACUAAAAAGGAAGCCAAAGAGGGCCAAAAAAGAUGUUAUGGAAGUCCAUGGAAGCUGCAUUGUCCGAGCCACGGGGAGGAAAGACAGGCACAGCAAGGUUUCAACAGCCACAGGUCCGAAGGACAGGCGUGUUAGACUCUCUCCUAACACGGCAAUUCAGUUCUAUGACGUGCAAGAUCGUCUUGGCUAUGACCGUCCUAGUAAGGCUAUCGAUUGGUUGAUUAAAGAAGCUCAAAGGGCUAUCAAUGCGCUUGAAAAAACUCCCUUUCAAGUAUUUUCCAAUAAGAUUGACUCGACAAAUAAAGCACUGAAUGUCCGAAAUGAAGAAGGCCAAUUUGCUCUUGAACAAAGUUGGUCUGUUGAUAAGAAAACGGAGUUAGAAGAGUUGGCUCGCCAUUCUUCGAAACUUAAUGCCACAAUGCAGCAUUCAACUGAUCAAUUUCCAGAGCGAUGCUAUAAAGAACAGAGUUCAAAAGUUUGUCAAGCAAAUGACACCCAAAUUGUGAAUUCAUCAGCAAAUGGUUCCAAGAUUCAAUCUUUUUGUGAAUUUCAGACUCACCCACAAGCCCAUUUUCACUCACAAACCAAAAGACAAUCACCAAAUGAUGCCAAGAUUCAAUCUUUUUGUGAAUACCAAACUCACCCACAAAGCCAUUUUCAGUCAGAAACCAAAAAACAGUCACCAAAUGUUGCCAAGACUCAAUCUUUUUGUGAAUUGCAGACUCACCCACAAGGCCAUUUUCACUCACAAACCAAAAAACAACCAACUAAUGAUGCCAAGAUUCAAUCUUUUUGUGAAUUGCAGACUCACCCACAAGGCCAUUUUCAGUCAGAAACCAAAAACCAAUCACCAAAUGUUGCCAAGACUCAAUCUUUUUGUGAAUUGCAGACUUACCCACAAGGCCAAUUCCACUCAGAAACUAGAAGGCAAUCAGCAAAAGAUGCCAAGAUUCAAUCUUUUUGUGAAUUGCAGACGUACCCACAAGGCCAAUUCCACUCAGAAACCAAAAGACAAUCAGCAAAAGAUGCAAAGAUUCAAUCUUUUUGUGAAUUGCAGACAUACCCACAAGGCCAAUUCCACUCAGAAACCAAAAGACAAUCAGCAAAAGAUGCAAAGAUUCAAUCUUUUUGUGAAUUGCAGACUUACCCACAAGGCCAUUUUCAGUCAGAAACCAAAAACCAAUCAGCUCAAUUAGGCAACUUUUUCAGUUUUCAACCAUGUCAUCAAAAUGAAUCCAUCAGUUUUUCUGGUGAUCAUAAUCAUCAUGGCUUCAGCUUUUCACCACAAAAUUUCCCCACAGUUUUAGGCCAAAACCAAAUGUUCAAUUAUCUGAGGGAACCCCUUCAGUCCACUUCUACUUUUCCUCAAACUAUAUCUUAUUCCAAUAAUAUUGGAUUUGCAAAUGAUGGCUUAUUGGGACUUUGUACUACUCCAAUAACACAACAACAACAAGAAGAUGAACAGGGUUCAAUUUCCACUACUCUUCUACAUUAUCAAGAUUAG